UCUUUUUAUGUUCAUGACGGCGAUUCUGAUGUUCAUUCAAGGCAUGCUCGCUUAAAAUUUCUGUCUUUUCCGAAGUUAAAAGAAAUCAGUCGAGGCGGAGUCAUGAUUAGCGCAAGUGAGUUAUGCUUUGUACACUUGAUAAAUUUCACGGACAUCAUGCAAAGUGGCCCUUCUGAUGAGUUCCCUCUGAUAUUAUCGAAUUCAGGUAACUCAGAGCGCUGUAAACGUUUGAUUGGAGAAGGUAAAAUAAUGUGUGGUUAUGAGGAAUUGAACGCUACAACUGUAAUUCCUGCGAACACAUCGUUAGCUGAGAAAUCUAGCUUGGACCCGCGACCAGUUUGCAAGUCUGGACAUUGCUGGGGACCCAAAAGGGAAGAUUGUCAGACCUUGACGCGUUUGGUUUGCAGUGAUAAAUGCAAGAGACCUGGAGCCCUGGGCGGAAGGUGUUUCGGGCCCAGUGACUCGGAGUGUUGUGACGAGGACUGUUCGGCUGGAUGUUCAGGGAACUUCAAAUCCGAAUGCAACGCUUGCAAGUACCUAAAGUCCGAUGACAAUUGUGUAAAGAUGUGUCUUGAUGACCUUCCUCGGGAAUCAGGUGAAAUGCCAGUGACUUAUGAGAACCAGAGGAUGUAUGCAUAUCAUUACGAAUGUUUAUCGCAGUGUCCACUAGGAACAUAUGCUUACGAGUCCGAUUCAUUGAAUAAGAAGUGCGUCAUAAGUUGCGGACCAGGGAACUCAAUUCAGGGAAACAAGUGUGUACCAUGUGGCGAGAAUUGUUCGGUUGACGGAGUUUGUGCUGUUGAUGAUUUCAGACAAGUACCUGACGAACUUUGUAAACAUGAGGACUACGAAAAAAUCCUCAGUGCCGAAGAUUGCAGGGUUAUAAAUGGGGACGUAGUGCUGGAUAGUUCAUUUUGGUCCGGUGAUGUAUUUUGCAAAACAAAACCUUUUAAUAUAUCAAAGCUUCAUCUGUUUAAAAGUAUAAAGGAAAUCACUGGAUCGCUGCACGUAUUAAGGAGUCCUUUGAGAAACCUCUCUUUCCUGUCAAACUUGGAAGUGAUCAGGGGUGAAGGAAACCGAAUUAGGGGAUCAUUUGCUAUUUCGGAAAACCAUGAUCUUGAAUACCUGGGACUUUCUUCCUUGAAAACUAUUCAAAAGCUCCCAAUCAUAAGAGGCCCAAACUUGUGCUAUAUCAAUGAACAUAUGUUUUCGGAUCUGCUAGAUCCGAAAUCGAAUCUUGAUCUGAAAUCGAAUCAGAUCAAUUGUUCGAUAAACUGGGAUUUUCUACCCUCGAAGGAAUUUUGUGCGCAGAAUCUAGAAAAGUUUUGUGACAAUGAGUGUGCGACAGUUGGUGGCGAGGCCGCUUGUUGGGGUCCUGGGCCCGAAAUGUGCUACAAGUGUCGUAAUUUCAACUUCAACAACAGAACGUGUAUAUCCGAAUGCGAUCUAGACUCUAGCUUUGUAGAAGGGAAUCUGUGUGAAACGUGCCACAAGGAAUGUAUUGGGUGCAGUGCUAGGGGACCAUUAAACUGCAAGAAGUGUGUUAGUUUCAACAAUAGCGGAGAGUGUGUGAAUCAAUGCCCUUUGCCCACAUUCGCAGAUCAGACUAAUCGGGAAUGCUAUCCCUGUUCUAAUGUCUGUGAAAUAAGCUGGGGAUGUACCGGCAACAGUUCUUCUUUGGGCGCGGGUGGCUGCAACAAAUGCAGAGGGGUAGUAUUGGUUCAUUCGGUUAACGAGACAGCUCAGAUGUACACUUCAGAAUGGGGGAAAAACAAUACAUGUGUAGCUGUAGAUGAACUGCAAGGCCACGGCCAAAACAUAACAAAAAUGGAUAAAACGGGGAAUGAAGAUACGAGUGAUCAUGAAGGAACCAAUUUUUUCGUUAAUUCCGACAAUAAUGAGAUCGACUGUCCUCGAGACUACUUCCCCGCCGAAGCAAAUUUUCUGCCUAGUUUUCCCAAAAUGUGCAUCAAAUGCCAUCCGCAGUGCGAUGGCUGUUAUAAGUUGGGGUCUUCUAGCUGCAAGAAGUGUAAAAAUUUCCGACUGAAGGGUGAAUGUGUUGAAAAGUGUGACAGCAGUUAUAAAGAUAUUGACGGCGAGUGUAUUCAAAAUGUUUUUGUGCCGUAAAAACCGUGAGGAUGUUGAUAAGUGUAUUCUAUUGUAACAACUUUUGUAUCUCACGGAUUUAUUAAUACAAAUU